AUGCUCUCCUCUCGGGCUCUUAAUCUGCGGCGAUGUAUCGCGAACGUCAUCGGCGUUUCGAAGAGAUGCCUAAACUUGCAGGAGUAUCAAUGCAAAAAGUUGAUGUCGGAUUACGAUGUCAACGUGCAGAGGUUCAUGAUGGUUCGUGAACGCGCUGACAUAGACAAAGUCAAGAGCACUUUCAAGGCUCAAAUUCUCGCCGGAGGUCGUGGAAAAGGUGUUUUUCGUGAUGGAUUCAAAGGUGGUGUUCAUCUCACCAAAGACCCCAAUACCAUGGCCGAGCUGACCCAGAAAAUGCUCGGAAAUUACCUCAAAACGAAACAAACUCCUCCAAACGGUGUUCUUGUAAACAACGUAAUGGUUGCUGAGGCUCUGGAUAUCGAAAGAGAGACUUAUUUGGCCAUACUCAUGGACCGCGAGAACGGUUGUCCAAUUAUCGUAGCAUGCAAACAAGGUGGUAUGGAGAUAGAACAGUUGGCAGAAGAAUGCCCCGACGCUAUUAUCCGCGAGCCGGUUGAUGUCAACACAGGAGUCACAGAAAAACAAUCGGAACGUGUUGCUAAUUUUCUGGGUUUCCAGCCGGGGACCCCUCAGUUCAAAGAGGCCGCCGAACAAAUCCGGCGCCUGUAUAAAAUGUUCACGUCGCUCGAUUGCCUCCAGAUCGAGGUUAAUCCGUUCGGCGAAACUCCAGAUGGGCGAGUGGUGUGUUUUGAUGCGAAGCUCAUGUUCGAUCAGAAUGCGGUAUUUCGACAGCCUGAGGUUUGCCAGAUGGCAGCUGAAGUUGAAGCGGUUGAAGUGGCGGCAGCCGGACCCCAGAGCACAGUCGCUCUUGAAGCCGAAGCGACCAAACUCGGUUUAAACUAUAUUGGUAUGCCUGAAGGCAAUAUUGGUUGCGUUGUAAAUGGAGCCGGUUUGGCUAUGGCGACCAUGGAUCUGAUCAAUUAUCAUGGCGGUAAACCAGCAAACUUCCUUGAUCUGGGUGGAGGUGUAUCCGCCAAGCAGGUAGAAGCUGCUUUUCAACUACUAACGCGUGACCCGCGAGUGGAAUGCAUUCUGGUUAACAUUUUCGGCGGUAUUGUCAACUGCAACACGGUGGCCGAGGGUUUGCUGGCGGCGUUCAAGAAGCAACACGUGAAUGUUCCGGUUGUUGUCCGAUUGGAAGGUACCAACAGCUCUCAGGCUAGAAAGACCUUGGCUGCUGCUAAUAUCGGUCUGAUUCCCGCUGAAACUUUGGACAAGGCUGCUGCGAUGGCUGUCUCAAAGGCCAAGAAAUAG